AUGAAUUCAAACGAGAAAGUGGAAACACAGAAGGAUAAUACAUCCCCCUCGAAAGAUGAUAAAGAUAACAAAAAAAAACCACACUUGCGAAAAGCAGCUGGAAUUGUAUGGAAGGAUCCAUCACUAGAUGAUUGGCCAGAAAAUGAUUUUCGAAUUUUUUGCGGAAAUUUAGGAAAUGAAGUUACGACUGAUAUUUUGGCUAAUGCUUUUAGGAAAUAUAAAUCAUUUAAUAUGGCAAAAGUAAUAAGGGAGAAAAGAAAUAAUAAAACAAAAGGCUACGGUUUUGUAUCCUUAUCAGACCCCCAAGACAUGUUAGAUGCAUUAAAAAAUAUGAAUAAUAAAUUUAUUGGUAAUAGACCAAUAACAGUUAAAAGAAGUAAAUGGAAAGACAGAGAAGUGGACUCAAAGAAAAAUAAGGACUUCGAUAAUUUUAUAAAAGAUUCUUAUCUUCCAACCAAAAAAUUUAGGAAAUUCAAAAAAUUUGUGAAAUCCGAUAAAAAAGAAGUUCAGGAUAAGUUAAUAUCUAAAAAUUCAAAUAAUUAA